UAGUCUUUACUCUGGAGAAAAGCGAAGGGGAGGGGAGGAGGAACACGCGCCGGUAGUGGGAUGGACGGGUAAAGCAUGGAGUCUUCUGGCGCAUAUUUGAGCUGCCAGAGGCAAGACGAGCACUUCACCGAUGAAUGAGUGACGGGUCGCUCUUCUUAGACGCCCCCUUCAAAUACCAGACCCCGUUCAUUAGCUUAAAUAACGACUAAACACCGAGUGCGGGAUAUUUGUGACUUUCUAUAACGGCUGAGCGCCGAUCUUAAGGUUUACUGAGCAUAAGGACACAUCUCUGAGGAAACCAUGGAAACGGAAUCAUCCCAAUUAGUGAGUAACGGAACGAAUGAGAGUGAGCCUCUACCGGUGGACUAUCCCGGAGGAGAGAUGCCAGCCUCUCUCGGUGUACGGAGAGGGUCCAGCGUGAAGAAACAUCACCACAAACACAACCUGAAGCACCGCUACGACCUGUUCGAGACGCUCGGCAGAGGAACAUAUGGAAAAGUGAAGAAAGCCAUAGAGAGGCUCACUGGACGAGUGGUGGCGAUUAAAUCCAUCCGAAAGGAAAAGAUUAAAGAUGAACAAGACAUGGUGCACAUUCGCAGGGAGAUCGAGAUCAUGUCUUCUCUCCGUCAUCCACACAUCAUCUCUAUAUACGAAGUGUUCGAGAAUAAGGAUAAGAUUGUGAUCGUGAUGGAAUAUGCCAGUAAGGGUGAGCUGUACGAUUACAUCAGCGAGCGCCGAAGGCUCAGCGAAAGGGAGACCAGACACUUCUUCAGACAGAUCGUCUCUGCUGUUCAUUACUGCCACAAGAACGGAGUAGUACACCGAGAUCUCAAGCUGGAAAACAUUCUCCUGGAUGACAACGGUAACAUCAAGAUUGCAGAUUUUGGUUUGUCCAACCUCUACCACAAGGACAAGCUUCUUCAAACGUUCUGCGGCAGCCCGCUUUACGCUUCCCCUGAGAUUGUGAAUGGACGACCGUAUAGAGGCCCGGAGGUUGACAGUUGGGCGUUGGGCGUAUUACUCUACACUCUUGUCUACGGAACAAUGCCCUUCGAUGGAGGAGACCACCAAAGACUCAUUCGCCAGAUCAGCAAUGGAGAAUAUAGGGAACCACCACAGUCAUCAGAUGCUCGUGGUUUGAUCCGCUGGAUGUUGAUGGUUAAUCCAGAUCGCAGGGCUACAGUUGAGGACAUUGCGAAUCACUGGUGGGUGAACUGGGGCUGGAAAACCAGCGUAUGCGACUGCCAAACGCAAAGGGAAAAUAGCUCGCCUAUGCUGGCCCGCUUCAUUGACUGGCAGAACCGCACCGAGGUCCGUCCAGGCAAAGUUCAAUGCCCAGAGCCUGGUAACAUUAACAAUGUCACUAAUACAGCCUUGACUCCAGCCCGGCGUCUGAGAAAGUCCAUGAAGGAGAACGAUGGUGGGAUGUGGGGUGUUGCAGAGGAGAAGCCAGGCCUCAAGAGACCAAAGAGCAUCCUGAAGACUCGAGCGUCCAGUGGAGACCAGCGGUCCCAGAGUCUGUGCGAAGUAGAGCUUAGGCGGUCCAUUUGCUACCAAGAUGUCGAGUCCGGCUCCAGUCCAGAGCGAGAGGACACACUGGGUGGCUCGCCAGCCAAAAUGGUGUCCAUGUUACCUAAGAAAGGCAUUCUGAAAAAUAAUCAGCAGCGUGAGUCUGGAUAUUACUCCUCGCCAGAGCGCAGCGAGUCCUCCGAACUGUUAGGGGGUGCCACUGUGCAGCCUCCAAACAGCUCACCACCCAAACGGACUGUCGGGAGGAAAGGUAUACUGAAGCGUAACGGGAGAUAUUCCACGCACAGUGCCGUGGAAGUCCAUGGGGAGGUCCCGGCAGACUCAACUGUCUUGCGGAGCCAAAGCAGACCAUCCAGCAUCUUGUAUGAGGAGACGGGUCUCUCCAGCAUGGGGUUGGACUGGCCUCCCGCCUCUCCGAAACCCAACAUCCGGGGGUCGCUGUCGGCCGAAGACUUGCUGCAGAUGGCUGGGUUCAGGGGCCUUCAGACCAGCGGAAAGGGCGUUCGCAGCCCUCCCGGUUCCCCUGGAGACAAUGGCAGCUUCUCCUUACUGGGCGAUCUGGAUGAUGUUACCCAGGUGUACCAGAAAGCCCUGGAUAUCACCAGCCAGCUAGGCUAGACUUGGACAAAAAGGCAGAGAGACUGGAAGAGUGAACGAUUCCCAGCUUGUCCUUCUCAUCACAGUGCUGCUAGGUAAAUGUUUACAGGUCGAGAAGCGGGACAUUUCAAAUCUCCAUUCACCAACUCGUGUUGAUGAGCAUUUCUCAUGAUAUUCCCGUUUUAGACUCGACAGUUGAGGGGGAACAACCGAAGCACUUUAAAGUGUCUGUUCUCUGAGAUGCAGCACGUAAUGACAGCUGGGAUUGUGUUAUUUAAAUUAUUUAUCUGUCAUUUAUGGUUUGGACAUUUUGAAAAACACCAAGGCCAUUUCAUAGUUUAUGGGAGAGCGUUUUUAUCAAUACAGGUCAUGCAUUAUGAAAAGUGUUAGAUAAAUGGCAUUUGAACAUCUGUAUAAUAAACUUUAAUUGUAUUAUACCAGCAAUUUCAAUGAAGUGCAUGCACAACAGUCCAUCAGUAAUGCUAAGACUAAAAGUUAAGGAGUGUUUUUGAGAAUAUGAAAAGAUGUAGGUUUAUUAUAUAAAAAAUAAGAGCAUUUUGUCUUUAUUGUCUUUUGUAAACCGUUUUGACAGCACUUACAGAAAAGUAGCAAAAGGUACUGUACUACAGUACCAACAUGGUUUUUGAACAUGUAUCAUGGUACUACCAUGGUAAUGUUGGAGGGGGGCUAAUUUAUUAUUAUUAUUUAAAAAAAAAAUACCAGUAAACUUUGGCAGCUCUAAAAUAUAACCAACAAUAAUUACAAGUAACUAAAAUUCUAAAACUAAACAAAUGUAAAAAAUCCAAAUAAAAUGAAAUUCUAAGUUACAAUAACUCUGCUUUCUAAAGUUUAAUUAAUUUCAGUAUGUACAAUGGUAUAUAUCAAAGUGCCAUGAUAUCACCUUCACUGUACCAUGAUACUUUUUUGUAAGGGAAGUAACAAGAUGUCAUAAAAGGUACCAAAAAUACACUGAGAGGAUAUCAUGAUCUCAGAGCUCAUUCUAACCUGUUGUGACAGAGACGGAGUCAUGCAAAUGUUGACAUAUCUCUGAGAUCAGCUAGAGAGCAACUAUUGCAACACAAAGCACAGGAAAGGUCAAAGGGCAAAGGUUGCAUCAGUGUUAUGAUACCCUACAUUCUCAUUCUCUCUCACACAGACACACACACAAUGCUAGUGCACACGGUAAUUAUAUGAGCUCCCUGAAGCAUGAAAGUGUGGAAAGACAAGCUUUGACCUGUGGUGAAAUUCUGGCCCAGAAAUGACCUACGUUUCAACAGCACAUGCCUUUUAAGACAGGAAAGAGAUGCCAAACUAUUCUUUUCACAAGGUGGAGUGUUAAAAGACACAUAUUCUGAAAAUGAAAAGGUUUCACUUAAAAAGUGGGAAUAAAAAGGUCAUGUUUCAAACUGUAAAAUCUUCAGGAUGUGGUAUGUAUUGUGCACGUGCAAUUGUUUUAUUGUUCAGCAUACAAUGGCAUGUCAAGAUCAAAUGAAGAUACUAUGCCAUUUUUUCCGUUAUUUUGUUUGUUUUUGGUUGUUCCACUAGUUUAAUUUCCUAAAUUGCUCACACAGGCUUAAUUUCCAAACAUUGGUUGCAUGUGGCAUUUUUACUGUGGGUUAAGCAUGAACUAUAAUAGUCUAGCUUUAAACUUUAAGUGUGUGCUUAACAUUUAAAAUCUGCAUUAAGAUAUACAGUACAGUACAACGCAUUUCUGUCAACCUAAGCAUCAAUGCAGUUAUAUAUGAAGUAAAGUGUAACCAUUUAAAUAUAUAUAAGAAAUUAACUGGAAAAAGAUUGUGUUUAUCCUUUAGGAUAUCUAUUAUAGGUCAUUGAGAAAACUUGACUGGAUAUACUACAUAUUUAAAUUGUGUUAUUUAAUGUGUCUUGUAUUAUAUUCUGUACAUUGUCAUGGCUAUUUGCCUCUCUGUACUUUUUUUUUUAAAUCUUUUUGGACUAAUGAUUGUCUUGAUUUGUGCCUUCAUUAACAUAAGAUUGUCCUGAUAAUGUUAAUGUUACUCUCAGUUUAAAUAAUUUGCAGUAUUGUGUAAGAGUUUUUAAAUAGGCAUCCAUGGAAAAGAAGUUUGUCUGGAUGGUUUGUUAUGAGCACAGUUAGGUAGUGUAUUAAACCCUGUGCUGUUUGUGCUCAGUGCAAAACACGGUCAGUUCUUCUAAUAAAUGUCUUGAUC